AUGGACAGAAUUCUGCCUUCUGUGCUUUUCAUUUACCACGCAUCUGCAUUAGCAAUGUUCUUAUUAUGUGUAAUGAUAAUCUGUAAUGCUGGCCAUAGAACAACAAAACAAGCCCAAGAAAUAUCAGAAACAGUUUCAAAGUUUAUCACGGCGCAAAACUUGAACGGAACUCACAAUCUUGAUUUCAUUUUCUUUAUGGCAGCUUUGAACUCACGGAAUAUUGUUUCUACUACUAUCACUUACUUGAUUAUCACGUGUCAGUUUGAAAAAAUGUAA